AUGGCGCAGGCAGGUGGCAAGGGCAUGGAUAGCCAUGAGAGGGGAGCGGGUGAGGAGGAGGGUGCGGGCCGCGACAGCAGUGGUGAAGGAGCGUCUAGCCCCACGCAUAUAGCGACGGGCGUGUGGUUAACAGCAGCGGCGGCAACAACAACAACACCAACAAGCACGCGUAGGCAAGUGAACAGCAACAGUCACAGUCAGAGUCGCAGUCGCAGUCACAGUCGUAGCCGCAGCCGCAGUAACAGUCCAAGUCGUAGUUGCAGCAGCAACAGCAGCCGCAGUAGCAGCAACAACAACGGCAGCAAUAAUAAUAAUAAUAAUAAUAAUAACAAAAACAAUAACGGCAGCGGUAACAGCAAUACGAACAUGUCCAAAACGACCAGCGCCGAUUUCAGUGCAUUUGAUUUUAAUGACAGCUCCGAUAAUUCAGAUACACCUCUAGUGCCGCGUGCGCCCUUUUUGAGUCGCGCGGCUGCCGCGGCCGCCGCAGCAGCAGCAGCGGCGCUCAGUGCCAGCAGCAGCAAUAGCAGCAGCUGCAACAAUACCACCACCAGCAGCAGCAAUCAGCAGCAACAGCAGCAGAGCUUGCUCGCCAGCAGCAACAAUAAUGCAAAUAACAAUACCGCUGGCAAUAACAAUAAUAACAACAACAACAACAACAAUAAUAAUAAUAACACCAACAACUGCAGUAACUCGCUAUCGAAUAACAGCGUGCAUAGCAGCAGCAAUCACAACAAUUCCAGCUCUAGCUCGCAUUCCAAUUCGAACAGCAGCAGCGGCAGCAACAGUCAUGCCGAUAAUUCGGCAGCGGCUGCGGCGGCCGCAGCAGCAGCAGCUGCCACAACAGCCGCUGUGGCCGCAGCAGUUAAUGCGCUGCACAAUGGCAAGGUUGCAGGCACACAACAACAUCAACAGCAGCAUCAACAGCAGCAGCAUCAGCAACUACAACAACAGUCGUCGCUAUACAACAGCAGCAAACAGCAGCAACAGCAGCAGCAGCAGUUGCGGCGUGAUGAUGAUGAGGAUAUGGAAGAUGAUGAGGAUGAGUACGAUGACGAUGAAGAUGACGACGAAGAUGAUGAGCAUCAGCAACAGCAACAACAACAACAGCAGCAUCAACACCUUCAGCAGCACCUACAACAGCAACAACAUCAGCAGCAGCAGCAACAACAACAACACGAGCCGGCUACCGACUACGAUGACGAGGGAGCGGAUGAAGAUGACGACGAUGAUGACGAAGAUGAUGAAGAUGAUGCGGGCAGCAGUCAUUUGGACAGCCAUACGGCCCUCACAGCCGCACAUCUCAACUCGGCCGCAGCAGCGGAGUCUGGUGGCCUGCAUAUGAGUGCUGUGGCAGCAGCGGCCGCCGCUGCAGCUGCUGCGGCCGCAGCAGCCGCUGCCGCUGCCAAGAUGAAUGCAGCCAAUGCCAGUGCCCAGAUGGAGCACAACAGCGUUACGGGCUGUGGCACAUCGAACAGCAUGCUGGACGGCGCCCUUAGCAUGGUGAGCGGUUCUGGUGGUGGCAUUAGCACUGGGGGCGGCGGCGGUGGUGGUGUUGGUGGCAGCAGCUUGGCCGCUGCCAGCAGCCUCAUCGGUGGCAACAGCAACACCAGCUUCUCCACCAACAACAACAGCAAUCAUGCACUAAGCUCAACGCUAGGCGGCGGCGCCUCCUGUGGUGAGCAACCGGUGCGCGGUUCCAUAACACAGCAGCACCAUGCGAGCGGUAGCAGCAGUGGUGGCGGCGGCGGCGGAGCCAGAGGUAGUGAUGGUGGCGGUGGUGGCAGUAAUGCCGCCAGUGAACGUCGCAAAUACCGUCAUCAAAACUACAGCAAGAACAUCUACAUAGGCACCAGGAAUGCAGAAAAGUGGGAACAGAUGCGAACGCGAUUGCAGUUCAAGAACGACGUCGAGUUUGUGGCCUACCUCUUGAAUCUGGCCGAUAACGAUACGGAUCGCCUGAACAACCUACCACCUCCAUCGCCUGCCCAUACGCCCACCAAAGGUUUUGAUGGCAACUUUAAGCUGGAACCCAAUCUCAGUGUCAAGGAAUUUGCGCUGACGACGGAGAAUGGCAGCGGAGGCAACGGGGAUGCGCCCACGCCCAUGCCGACGCCCACGGCGCCGCAACGCAAACGCUACAAGAAACGCGUUCAGUUCAACGACACGCUGAACGGGUUCACGGGCAAGGUGAAGGGCGCUCCGGCAGGUGCCGGCUUUGCGGCCAACAGCAGCUAUGGCGGCACCAAAUCCAAAAAACACGAGGCAAAGGCCGCUGCAGCGGUACUCAAGGCUGGAGCUGCUGCCGCGGCUGCCGCAGCAGCGGCGCGUAACAGCAGCGACACACUGCCAGAGGUGCUCGACUGUCGCAUUGCCGAGAAGAUCAAGAGCGAGCUGGAGGCCACCAAGGAGGCGCUGCCCAAUGCACUGUGCCUCACCAAGCACGAGAGCUACGGCGGCGUGGGCACAACUACGACACCAGGUGGAGCAGCGGGACAGCACAGUGAUGAUGAAUACGAUGAGGAUGAGCAGCACAGCCGCACAUCCAAUGCGGGCCCCGUGGUACCCGGAGAUGUGGCCGUCGAUCCCACGAGCAAUCUCAAUGGACAGCUGGGCAACUUCCAUGUGCGCACGAAAACGAGCAAGAAGUCGCAGGCCAGCAAGGCGGCUCAGGCAGCGGCGGCGGCAGCAGCAGCAGCGGCGGCCGCUGCUGCGGCUAUGAUGCCACCCAAUAGCUAUGACGAGCCCGAGGAUGAGUCCGGUCUGAAUGCGGGCAAUGCCAAUGCGAAUGCGGAUGACGACGACGAUGACGACGAAGAACUAGACGAGGAGGCGCUGGCGCGCGAAAUGAAAAUGGAGCAGAACUUUGUGGAGGAGGAGGACGAGCACGAUAUUGCCUUCCGAUCCCAUCAGUCGUGCCGCGAAUGCUCCAUUACCCACGACCAUAAGCUCUGUCCGCUGCGCAAUGCCUGCGGCAAUGUGACGGAUGCCGUCGACCUGGCCGAAUGGAUUGAGCGACGCAACCUGGAGGCGUUGGCCAAACUGAAGGCCGACGCUCAGCGUCAAGCCAAACAUGGCCGGCCCAGGCAUGAUGAUGAUGAGGACGAUAUGGAGGACAUGGACAUGGACGAAUCGUCGCAACUGUCCGAGCUCGAGACUAAGCCACUAAUCACCUUCGCUGAGGCAUCCGUGCCCGCCGAAUUCGAGCUCCACAAUGUGGAGCCCAAUGUGACGGGUGUAUUUGCCCGAACCGAGAUCCGGGCCUAUACGAAGCUGGGACCGCUCGUGGGCCAGCCUGUGCAGACGGGCGAGGUGCGGGAGGGCAGCGACAUGAAGUGGAUAUUCGAGAUGUGCGAGGCGGGUGCCGAUAAAUCCUAUUUACUCUGCUGCGACAACCCCAACACGUCCAACUGGCUGAGAUACAUACGACCAGCCCCCAGCUAUGAUGAGCGGAACGUAAACCUGGUCUCCAUUGGCCGACAAGCGUACUUUGUCAGCUGUCGGGACUUGAAGAAUGGCAUGGAACUGCUCUACUGGAGUGAUGACUGUAAUACCAUGUGGCGCAAGAAGCAUUCGGAAAAGACAAACUGCGGUGGCUGCAAUCUGAAAUUCGAACAUCCAUUAUAUUAUCGCACACACUGCUCUGUCUUCCAUGAUCCCUCGAUGAGCCUCACCAUACGAAAGUAUCAUUGCAAGGUGUGUGGGGAGGCGGUGCUCGGCAAGGAUAACAUUAUGAAGCAUGCGGCUGAGAAGCACGAUGGCAAGGGCGCCUAUCAGUGCCAGUUCUGUAAUAAGUUCUUCCUGCGCCUCAACUAUCUGGAGAUGCAUCGCACCUAUGGUUGUGCGGCCAAUCCCAAUAGGGCGCGGCCUUUGUGCGACUUCUGCGGCCGAAAAUUCUGUCAGCCGCAGAAGCUAAAGGCACACAUUAAACGAAUGCACAGUGAUAUGGCUGAAGUUUUACGAGAUUUUCAGUGUAAAUUAUGUUCAAAACUUCUAGGAUCGCGUGCAGCACUGCAGCGUCACUCGAAGGAGGUGCACAGCCGCAACUCGACCGUAGUCAGUUGUCCUCGCUGUCAGAAACUCUUCCAGAACCGCAGCAAUCUGAAGAUACACAUGCUCACGCAUUCUGGCGUGCGGCCGUUCAAGUGUGCGGAACCGGAGUGUAAUGCGGCCUUCACCACCAAACAGUGUCUGCAGUUCCAUUACAAGAAGGUACACAACUACACCCAGGAGCAGAUGCCAAAGAUCGAGCGGAGUGUCGCCUACACUUUUGAUGCCUACUCUGGCGGCAUGAAAGUGGACUUUCUGGAACAAGCACCGCGCCGUCGUCGCAAGAGCCUCGAGGACCAGAACUCAAUGCUUAGUUCGAGCAUGCAAAGCGACACGGAAUACUCUGAUGACAAUAUAUUCGAGGCCAUCAAGAAGUCGGGCAAGUCUAUUAAGGACCUCUGUCGCAACGAACCGAAUCUCUCGCUGCUCUCCUCCAAAAUCUCCAGCAUCUUUGGUGAGAAGGUCGGGCCGGGUGCGGCGCCAGCAACGGGUCCAGCAGCCGGCGGCGGACGCAAGCGCAAACGCAAGAAGGACUCUGUACCAGCCUCGGCAGUGGCGCAGCAACAUCAGCAGCAGCAACAACAACAGCAUGCGGCCGCGCAACACCAACUCCAGCUGCAUCCGCACGAUCAAGCACCGCCCCAGCACCACCAAACACCACACCCUCUGCAGCAGCAACAGCAGCAAGCCCAGCACCACCAGGCACCUCACCCACUGCACCAACAGCAACAGCAGGGACAGCAUCACCAAAAUCCGAAUCAGCUGCAUCAUCAAGCGCAUCAGCAACAGCAACAGCAGGGCAUCAUGCAUGAGGACGAGGACGAUGAGGAAGUGAGACUGGAGCAGGUGCGGCGCAAGCAGAAUGCCCAGCUUAGUCUAGUCGAAUCCUUCCUCACCACCACCGCUCAACGUCUGAGUGCCCAGCAGCAGGUGCAGCAAGUGGUAGCCGCUGCUGCUGCCGUCUCCGCCAUGGCUGGUGCCGGCGCCGCUGCGAGCGAUGAGGCCGGCAAACUGCACAUGAUGGGCCACAUAGGCAUGGGCGGUGUGGACGAUGAGGAUGAUGAUGAUGAGGAGGACGAUGAUGCCUCCACGGCAGCGCAUCACCAACAACAGCAGCAGCAGCACCAUCAUCCGCACACCCAUCCGCACCACCCGCAUCCGCAUCACGCGCACCAUCAGCCCCAUCAUGUGGCCGCCGCUGCGGCAGCUGCGGUCCAACAACACCACCAGCAUCAGGCGGCCCAACAACAGCAGCAACAACACGAGAACAGCGGCUAUCGUCAUGCGGCCGCCAUGAAUGCAGCGCUCGGCCAGAAUCUGGUGGUCAGCAAGGGCAGCAAGAAGUGGAUCGGAGCCGACGAUCGCCACUUAAGUGCUCGGGACUGUGGCUCCGUCGAGCGCUGUGGCUUGGGCAAUGGGGCUGGAGGAGCAGCCGAUGUGGGCGAUGCUGUCGGCUCUGGCCCGGGCAUGAGCAGCAGCGCUUGCGGCCUAGCCAAUGCGUCGGACGGACCAGAUCUUGGCUUUGCCGUGCCACCAAGCAGCGUCGACGAGCAUAGCAAGCUCUUGGGCCAAAAUCGGGACUUCCUGGCGCGUCUCAUGAGCAGCGCCAGUGCCAAUCAUGCACACGCCCAUCAUCAUAGCGCCAAUAAUCGUGAGGAAGACGAGAAUAGCUCCUUCCUGGAUGUGGUCGAGUCGAAUCAGAAUGCGGCGGCGGCUGCAGCGGCGGCCGCCAUGUCCCAAUACCAUCAUAAUGCGGCCGCUGCGGCUGCCAAUGGUGGGUCUAGUGGUGGUGGUGGUGGACACACGCCGACGGGAGCGGGUGGCUUGAGCAGUGUGGGUGGUGGUGGAGCGGGUGGUGGUGCGAGCGAACCACCGCAAAUGCAAAUGAACUCUCUAACACACUCGCAAUCAUUCAUGAGCUCCUUCUACAACAACGCAAACGCAAGACUGAGUGGCGCCGGCGCUUCCUCCUCGGCCAGCAUGCUGGUGGAGGCGGCUCUCAACUCCGUUGGCAAUAUGAUUGACAGCGAGAGCAGCGACCUGAAGGUUCCCACCGAGAACAACAUUAACACCGACAGUCCCAUGAGCGCUCACGUGGACCCAGAGGCGAACCGCUUUGGCGGUGGAGCGACCUCGAAUAGCGCCGGCAUUGGCGGUAUCGAUAAUCUAGAGAAUGAGCUAAAAAUGAUGAAGAAUCUGAGCAGCUUUCCCAUGCAAAUACCACCGUUGCCCAUGUUUCAGGGUGCCUGCAACAUCUCGCCGAGCGCCUCGACUCCCACAAAUCCGCAGAGCAAUCAGAACCAGAACGAUGUGGAUGUAGAUGCGGGCUCGACGCCGAGACCACAGCAUAUGGGUGGAGGCAGUGCGGCCGACUCUGAUGGCUUCUCGUCCACACAUCAUCGUACACCACCAUCGCCUCCACCCAUAUCGCCAGGCCGUGAUUACGGCAUGUUUGGCGGCGCUGGAAGUGCGGCAGCGGGCGGUUCCAAUGGCACCCCGGGUGGUCCCGGCACUGCAGGCAGCUCCAGUAGUGGCGGUGGAGCGGGCGGUGGCAGCAAUAGUGGCGGCAAUGGAGGCGGCAGUGCCAAUAAUAUGUCCGCCUCCUCCCCAUUACCUGCCCUGCAAGCACAGCGUCGGAACGCAUCAAGCGUGGGCAGCACAUAUCCCGAGCACGAGCUCAUCUCACCCGCCUCGUCGCCCUCCAUACCGCGCUACAAUUUCAACGGCGACAUGAUGCGGCACAAGAGAGCCGAACAGGAGCAGGAAAGACGACAGAAUAUUUCGCGACACAAUCAUCUAUCCAGCGAUGAAGAGAACAGCAUCAUGCCACAAAACAGUGCCGGCCAGGACAUGCGCAUGAAGUUCCCGCAGUCGCAAAUCGAUCUUAUGUACUCCAAGUACGAGAGCAUGGCCUCAAAUCUGAAAUACAAUAACCAGGAGCUGGACUCUCCGGCCGAAUACCGCAACAGCAAUAGUAAUGCGGCAAGCGCCGCAGCCGCUGCAGCUGCCGCGAGUGCCGCCAACGAUAUGGCCGAUCUCCAGGGCCUGGAUAUGUCCUCGCGCUCGAAUGUGGGCGCUGCCAGCAACUACCACCACAACUUCCAGCUGCCUAGCAGCCGCUACCAUCAUCACAUCUACGACAUACUCUCCGACCGCGAACAGAACCAGGCCCAGGCGCAGGCACAGUCCCAACAGCAGCAGCACCAUAGCUCCGCUGCCGCUGCGGCGGCCGCCGUUGUGGCGCAGCACACGCAUCAGCAGGAGCAUAGCAGUCAGCUGGCGAUGCAGCAGCAUCAGUCGGCGGCCGCGAUGCACAACAUGCUGAGCGAUCAGCUGAGCGAGCAGGAGCACGAUCAGACCACCUCGGUGGACCUGAGCCGGACGGCCAACUAUGUGGUGUCGUCGCCGCCACAACUGCCGUACAAUCAUCCGCAUCAUGAUAUGCUGAGGAUGGCCUCGCUGGAUCUGACGCCCAACACGAACAUGGCGGUGGGCAACAAUCGCUCCUUCUUGUCCUCGCAGAUGCAGCACCAGAGCCGUGAGAGUCUGGAGCAUCAUCGACUGUUGUCCACCGUGGAGCAGCAUCGCAUAUUGGCGGCCUCCAAUGCGGCCGACCAGCACCGACUGCUUGUCGAUCCCACAGCCCAUUUGCUCAUGGAGCAGAACAAUCGUCUGCUGGGCACAGCAGAUCAGUCGCGCCUCUUGGGCGAGUCUGCGGCGGCUGCAGCCCAAAAUCGGCACAUGGCGCGCAGCUUUGGCGCCUACCAUCAGGUCGCCUCAAGUAACUAUCAUCCGGGCGUCCGACCACCGCCCGUGCUGCCUUCGGCCAAUCAUCAUGCUUCCAAUCCAUCGAACUACCAUCCUUUUCCGGCCUAUUACUAAGGAACUGCUCCCCACACAUCGUAAUGAGUUGUUCAUUUAGCUGCAGCCGGAAGCCACAAAACACGCACACAUCCAUGGAACUCUAUCCGUAACCCGCUACCAACUAACACACAGACACGUUAACUAAAGCUAUAUAUGCGUAUGUAUUUUACUAUAACAAUGAAAUUUUACUAUAACUAUGUAUAUCCUAGAUAUAUGAUCUAAGAAUGUUUUCCUUUCUUUUGUA